GCGAACACAAAUUAAAUAACCUAAAAAUAGUUCGCCGCGUUGCCGACAAUCCGAUUUCCUGCCGAAUUACGUUCGUUCACCGUCAUUUAGUAUAUAACAGGGUAUCGAGAUGCCUUACCUAGCCAAGUACGUAUUGAGAGGUUCACGCCUGGUUGCGUUUUAUAAGAGGGGGUAUGGCACAGCCUCCCCCUUCGUUUUCUCUGAAGAGGUUCGCCGGGCCAAGUCAGAGGGUAAGCCGAUUGUCGCCCUGGAGUCAACGAUCAUUACUCAUGGUAUGCCUUACCCUCAGAAUUUGGAAACAGCCAAGCAAGUUGAGAAUAUCAUUAGAGAAAGGGGUGCAGUACCAGCUACGGUAGCUAUUUUAAAAGGUCAACUGAGUAUUGGAUUGUCUGAGGAUGAGCUGACGUACCUAGCUCAGGCCAAGGGAGUGGUGAAGGCCUCCCGCAGGGACCUAGCUCCAAUCACCGCUGGCAAGCUGGACGGGGCCACCACAGUCGCUGGCACCAUCAUCGCAGCACAGCUUGCUGAUAUACCUGUAUUCGUAACCGGUGGCAUAGGUGGUGUGCAUCGUCACGGCGAGAACACAUUGGACAUAUCGGCGGAUCUGAACGAACUGGGACGCAGCAAUACCCUCGUCGUUUGCAGUGGCGUUAAAUCUAUAUUAGACAUUGGACGAACUCUCGAAUACUUGGAAACACAAGGGGUUUGCGUUUGCGCGUUCGGUGAGUCGUCAGACUUUCCGGCGUUCUAUACCGCGCGGUCAGGUUUCACAGCUCCACACCGCGUGGGCGACGCACAGCAAGCUGCACGCGUGUUGCACGCAGCACGCCAAUUGGAACUCGCGUCCGGGAUCGUUGUAGCCGUACCGGUGCCACAGGAGUAUGCUAUGGAUGAGAAAAUAAUAGAAGAAGCAAUUAAUAGUGCACUCAAGGAAGCUGAUCGGAACGGAACUUUUGGCAAAGAAGUGACACCAUUCAUUCUCGCGGCGGUUGCCAGAGCUACGAGCGGCGCUUCACUUAAUGCCAAUAUCGCUUUAAUAAAGAACAACGCGAAAGUCGGUGCCGAUAUCGCAGUCGAAUUUAAAAAACUCAAGAACGUUGACGAUUCUAAGAAUGCGUUUAAUAUUGGAUUGUCGAAGGGCGCUGGGAAAUGUACGUCCAAUUCUUCGAGACAUUUUCACACUUCGUGCAGCAGACGGGCUGAUGAGAAUCCUUUGUUCUCUGGAGACAAGGAGUGCGGGGGUGAUGUGUUGGUGAUCGGCGGAGCGAACGUCGACCGCGUUUAUAGGUUAAAGGAAGAUGGCGUGCAGUUGGAUGGCAGUACACACGCAUGUGUCACGGAGCAGAGCGGCGGUGGCGUGGCCCGCAACAUGGCAGAAGCUCUGUGGAGACUGCGCGGCGGCAGAACCAAACUCCUCACUGCCGUGGGAGAUGAUGCGGAUGGAGAAUACUUAACUAAUAUCGCUCCAGGAUUGCUACUAAAUGAUUGUAUCGUAAAAAAUGGCAGUACCCCUUCGUACGCUGCCGUAAUGGACUCUCGAGGUGAAUGCCUGAUCGGGUUGGGUGACAUGGCUUUACACAAUAAUAUAUCAAUCGACCUGGUAAAUAAGCAUAUCGAUGUCCUGCAUGAUGCCCCUCUGGUGGUUCUCGACGGCAAUGUGCCUCAGGCUACUAUUGACCACGUACUCGACGUGUGCCAACGUCUACAGAAACCUGUGUUUUUCGAACCAACAGACAGAAGAAAAGCUCAGAAAAUCAUCGGCGGUAAAUACAAAGUAACAUAUGCUUCACCGAAUUUAUCGGAAUUACGUGCAAUGGCACAAACAGUUGGAUCAUCAUACAUUAGCAGUACUGGCAAUUUUGCAGAGAUAGUGAAACUAUAUGCCAGUGUUUCAAAUGUUAUACAAUUUAUGAUUGUAACAAUGGGAUCUAGAGGAAUCAUUACACUAAGGAACGUCGGGAAUGAAAAUGAGGCCAAAUUUUAUCAAACUGAACCACUUACAAAAAUUGAGAGUGUUUCAGGAGCAGGAGAUUGUUUUGCUAGUGGUUUUAUUCAUGGAAUGCUCUCUGGAUUUAAGGAAUCACAUUGUAUAUUCAUUGGGUUUGAAGCAGCCAAGAUGGCACUGUUGUCCAAACACACUGUACCUUCGACUAUAAAUAUCAUUAAUAAAUCCUUGAUCAGGGAGCCUAAGUUUGAGCUAAUAAAAUAGCUUUAAAUGUAUUAAUAUA